CUCUUUAUUAUUUUAUUUUCCACCGAAAAAAAAAGAAAAAAAAAAUAAAUGAAUAAAUAUUAUAUAUAUAAAAACAAUUGUUUCUUUUAUGUAAAAAAUUUAAUUGACCUACAAAAAAAUUAAAUUAUUUUAUUUUAGGUCAAUAAAAGUAGUAACUAGUAACAGGAAAUAACAGGAAAUAUAUAUUAUUAUUAUUAGUAUUAUUAUUGAGGGGACACUUGAUAGUUUUUUUUUCCUUUUUUUAAUAUAGCUAAUAAAAUGGCAUCAAAAAGAUCAAUUAAAAUAACAGCAGUUGGUGAUGGAAUGGUUGGAAAAACUUGUCUUCUUAUUACCUAUACAACUAAAAAAUUUCCCACAGAAUAUGUUCCAACAGUUUUUGAUAAUUACUCGGAUAAUAUAUUGGUUGAUGGACAAGAACUCAACAUGACACUUUGGGAUACCGCUGGACAAGAAGAUUACGAACGACUUCGACCAUUAUCUUAUCCAAAUACAGAUUGUUUUCUUUUGUGUUUUUCUAUAACUGAAAAAAGUUCAUUUGAAAAUAUUGCCAGUAAAUGGCAACCAGAAAUAAAACAUUUAUGUCCAACAGUACCAAUAAUUCUUGUUGGAACAAAAAGUGAUUUAAGAGCACCAGAUAAUCAUAAAAUAGUAAGUACUCGUGAUUGUAAAAAAAUGAAAGAACGAAUUCAUGCUGUUAAAUAUGUUGAAUGUUCAGCAAUGAAAAAAGAGGGACUUGAUGAUGUUUUCAUUGAAGCAAUCAGAGCAGUUUUAAAAAAACCACAAAAUAAAACAUUUUGUUGUAUACUAUAAAUAUUGUUGAAAUUAAAUAAUUAUUUUGUUUUUUAAUUUAUAUAAAAAAAAAAAAAUAAACAAAUAUUAUUUUUCAUCAAAAUAAUGAAGAAUAUUGACCAAAGACUUGAAUGACUUCAUGUGCCUUU